GGUUAGAGACAAGAGUAUGAGUUAAGCAGUGUUAACCAGACUGAUUGGUAAACAGUGUGUCAGUUAUGAAUCUAAGAAACUUAUACUGUCCCAGCCCUCCUUAACUCCUACUCAAGUUUCAUGACCAAAGAAAGGUCUCCUCCCCUAGGAAGCCUUCCUUGAGGGAGGGCCCCUCAUGCCCUGGCUGCAGGAAGAGGUCACGUGUGGGCCCUUUAUUAGACCCUGCUAUAUAAGCUCAGGGCACAAGUGGCCAGCAACUCUCCUGGCAAGGAUCAGCAAGCAAAGGCAUGCUGACUGUAAUGCUGCUGAGCUGCACCCUGCUGCUGGCACUGCCUCCCACGCUGGGGGUCCAGAUGGGCCUGGCACCCCUGGAAGGCAUCAGAAGGCCUGACCAGGCCCUGUUCCCAGAGUUCCCAGGUCUAAGUCUGAAUGGCCGGAAGCGUGCAACUGCAGGCGGAACAGAAGAGGCUCUGCUGCAGAAGGCAGAAGCGUUGGCGGAGGUGCUAGAUCCACAGAAUCGCGAGUCUCGUUCUCCGCGUCGCUGUGUAAGGCUGCAUGAGUCCUGCCUGGGACAGCAAGUACCUUGCUGCGACCCGUGUGCCACGUGCUACUGCCGCUUCUUCAACGCCUUUUGCUACUGCCGCAAGCUGGGUACUGCCACGAAUCUCUGCAGCCGCACCUAGUCAACGGAUAUAGGCAAAGGCAGGGUCGCGAAUAAAGGACGGCACCAACCCUAAA